AUGUCUAAUAACUGCCGCUCAGAAGUCUGUAGCUCUUCUUCUCCUAGGAACUCUAGUCACGUUCCUGCCACCUCACCCGUAGGUCUUUGCUCCACUGAGAUGAGGUGUAGAAAUGCCCCUUGCUCUCCUACUAGCAGCCUGGGCAGCAAUACAUCAUGUGACAACUGCCACGAGCCCUGCGGUGAACAUGGGAGUGGACAAUCAACCAGCUGCAUCAGGAACACUGGCAGCCCUUCAGUCGGAUCUCCAGUUACUUCAGGGAUAUCUGGAUCCCAGGAAGGAAACAGCUGCCUUCCUGUCACAUCCUGCAAUUCCAGCGUUGGCCGUCCAACAUCCUGUAGACGACCUUUGAGCUGCUUCCAUCCAAGUUACCAGUCUUAUGGCUAUCAACCCUUAGGCUACCUGACCUAUGGUCGUCAACCACUGAGCUAUCUUCCCUAUGGUUGUCCAACACUGAGAAACCUGACCUAUGGAUGCCAGCCUUUUAGCUGCAAGUCUGACUACUACAAGCCCACAAACUGUACAUAUGGCAGGUUCCAACGAUACUCCUCUUACUUGGGUGGUUGGCAUUGUCCUUACUGAAGAAAUUCAUGAGUAGCUGAAACAACCUCAUGCUUCUAACUUCGAGAGAGAUCAGCCAGCAUCACAGGGAGGGCUCUUGUUUCAUGGGGCUAUAAUGCAUGC